AUGACAGAAUCAUCCACCGUCGCCCUCUCCGACUCAGACAUAUUCCUCCCCCACUACCGUGGCAGACUCACGGAAGGCAUCACCUACAACCCGUCCAACGACACCCUCCUCUGGGUAGACAUCAUUGCUGGCGAAGUCCACCGUGUGUUCCUCUCCCAGGAAGGUUCCCACCACCACCAGGUGCUCAAGCACCACGACCCCCAAGAAUCGGUGGGUGCCAUCGCAUUGACCUCCAACGAUAACGUGGUGUUGGUGUGUGGCAAAUACGGAGUGGCCAAAGGCGACUUUUCAACAGGGCAAAUCGAGGCCUAUUUCUUCAAGUACCCCCACGACGGCACGCGUUUGCGCUCCAACGACGGCAUUGUGGACCCGUGGGGUCAUCUCUGGAUCGGAGUCAUGACGGACUUUCCGUUCGAGCCAGUCAAGCCUGAAGGCAGACUCUACCGCAUCAACUGCCACGACUUGACCAUCGACACCAUGAUCGAGGACACGCGGAUCUCCAACGGACUCUCGUUUUCGGCCAACGGCAAGCACCUCUUCUGGACCGACUCGUUGACGUUCACCGUGUGGCAGUACGACUACGACUACAUCACCAACACCUUGUCCAACAAGAGGCCGUUUUUGGCUACAACCGCGCUCUUUGAGGGUGCCAACGUGCCUGAGCCUGACGGCUUGUGCAUGGACAAGCAGGGACACGUCUACCUGGCCAUGUUCAACGGCAGCUGUGUGGUCCACGUCGAUGAACGGGGACAGUUGGUGGAGAAGAUUGGGUUGCCAGCGUUGCGCAUCACGUCGGUGACUGUCGGGGGCAAGAACAGUGACGAGUUGUACAUCACCACUGCGCACGCCAAGCUUGCGGACGCGGGGGCAGUGAUUGACGCUGCCGACACCAGUGGAGAUUUGGGGGGUUUUCUCUUCAAGUACACCUGUGGACGGCGCUUGAACGGACAGAUCAAGAACACAUGGGGGGGACGAAGCUAG